AUGUGGAAAGACCAUGUACCCACAUUGGGAUACCAUGGCAGUGCUUACUCAGCCACUCAACUUGAUGAGUCAGUAAUAAAGUCUUGGUUCAAGAUCCAGUGCAUCAAACGGAGGAAAUGGCUACUACAAUGUCAGCCAAGUCUGGCACUAGAAGCACCAAACCAAACCAUUCCAACUUUUGGUGACAGGCAAUCUGGAGGGACUGGUGCCUCUGGAUGGAAUACAUCCUGGGAUUCUCAGCCUCAUGAUCUCCAACAGAUAUGUCUGGGUGUCUAUGAUCAUCCUUGGGCCUUCAAUCCCUAUCACAUAGAUCCAUUUAUACAGCCAUAUGUCUUACCUGGGGAGGCACCCAGCAGUCUACAUCAGUAGCUCUUCCCUCAAUGCCCUGAUGGAGGGGGCAUAGCUGGGACUGAUCUUCAGUGGAUAUAUCUCAAGAGCUGA